GAUAAAAAAAAAAAUGUAAAAGGGCCAUUCAGUUGUGGAUCGAUCAUUGUAACAAAGAAAAGGCAUGGUCUUUAACGGCCAGUUGGCAGAGUAAUGCCUUGAAACUAGGAAUACCCCUGACCGAGGGGGGUCAGGAGAAGUCAGUAACAGUAUUAAAACAGGAAUGUAGGCAUGCUAAGGAAAGUAAGGAUCGUCAGGAGAGAGAGAGAGAAAAUAUGGCCAAGGUAGAUAAAGACUUACGUAAGUCGGUGGCUGGCAUAGAUUUGGGAGGUGACGACGAGGAGGUGGUAGAGGAUUAUCCUUGGGGAGUCCGUGGAGCACCCCCGUUGAACCAGCCUGCCCCCGUUGCCAGUCCUGUGUAUCCUCCUGCCCUCUGCAGUAGCUGUAAUCAAAUGUGCGGCCCACACGACAGGAGAUUCCCCGGUCCAAAUCGGUAACAGGUUGGCUGACGAUGCGGCUAAGUGUGCUUCACGCGGUAGAUUUAAAGUGGUGGGUAGUAUGAUGAGGCAGGUGAAAAGCCUUUAUAUGGGCUCGUCUGAAUCUGAGAAACCUAUGCCAACCAUAAAUGAUGUAUUGCUCUUACAGGGGAACGCCUCUGCUAAUGUUAUAAUAGAAUGGGAGCAGCUGGGCUGUCGGAAGGCUGACUCUGGAUUGUGGCUCAUGCCGGCCGGACAGACCUGUAUGACAGACCAGUUAGCGACCUGGGUCGUUGAUUGCCUACAUUUAGCCACUCACUGUGGGGCCACCUUGCUAGUAGGCGCUCUCUUACAGGCAUGGUGGCAUCCUCGACUUAAGGUUUUGGCAGCCCAAACUAGUGCGCGGUGCCUCACCUGUGCUACACACAACCCUGGUAAAGGGGUUGUCUGCCAGACGGGUCGUACUCCAUUACCUACUGCUCCGUUUGAAACCUUGCAGAUGGAUUUUAUUGAUUUGCCUAAGUGUCAGUGUUAUAAACAUGUACUUGUUAUUGUUGAUGUGUUUUCUAGGUGGAUUGAAGCCUUUCCAACCACUGAUUGCACUGCCUCUACGGUGGUGUCUAUUUUAUUACGGCAGGUUGUUCCUCGUUUCGGGGUUCCAAACACCAUCAGUUCGGAUAACGGCCCUCACUUCAUUGCCGCUAUCAAUAAAGAAUUGUACAGACAGCUGGGCGUAACCCAGCGGCUACAUUGUGCUUAUCGCCCACAGGCUGCAGGAAUGGUGGAACGCUUGAACCAGACCCUGAAGACCAAGCUUGCCAAGCUGGUGGACCAAUCAGGCUCCACCUGGGUUACAAUGUUGCCUGUUGCUUUGUUCCAGAUCAGAGUCCUUCCAGCAGGGAAGACAAGGUUGUCUCCUGCAGAGAUCAUCUAUGGCCGACCUCUGCGCACCCCUUGGACAGACAUUAUCCCGGCCACAAUGACGUUGCAUCACAUGACGGAGGAGAUGAUACGAAAUAAAUCCCUGAGAUGAGGGUCUUCGUGGCAUUAAUAUGUGUGGCAACCACUGCAGGGUUAAUCGGUUUCGGCUGGAAAUGGACAAAGACUGAAUACGGACGGAACAAACGAGGAAAGAGAGGGGAACGAGAAAACUCCAAUUUAUUCAUCCAGGCACACAACGAGCUAUUCGGGAAGGGGCAGGUGGUUUGUUAUCCACAAAUGACAUCAGUUACCUCCCUGUUUACCCCAUCCCCUGCAUGGGGCAGAACUGAACGACUGGUGAAGUGCCAGGACAAAAAAAACGGUCCCUGUCAAGCCCGAUUAAUGGUGGCUUUAUCGGGUUUGGGGACCACCCCCGAGGAAACUAAAAAUUCUGUACGAAUGAUGAUCUUACAGCGUGAGCAUGAGAGACUGUUAUCAUUCCCCAACGACAGCGAAAACGAUGAAGUGAGUGAGGAAGGAGAAUUAGGGGACAAAGGUCAGACGGUCCAAGAAGCCUUGGCCAGGGAACUAAAAGGUUACGAGAUUCGGCGAAUGGGACUUUUAAAUGGACUAUGAGUGUUGCCAUAAGAAUGGCAAAAGGGGGGAAUGAUGAAUAGAAAUUCUGAAUCAAUGUUAUAAGAUUGUUCUGAAAGACAAAAUGGUUGGCCAGGUAGACUGAAACAAAGGACAUAAGAUGGCUGCUGACCAGACUUGCUGGAACCGGCUGCAAUUAAGGAAUACACAAUGUCUUGCAAUUACUGUGUAGUCAUGAAUAAAGGAUCACAGGCCCAGUCUGACAAGAUUGAGGAAUACACAACCUCCCCCCCUAGCCAGAAAGACUAAGGAAUGUACUGGUCUGAGAUUAUGUGUGGUUCCUCUAACAUCCCCUUAUAUGUACAUACUUGGUUUCCUGUAUUCUUCCAACGUGUUGGUUCUUUGAUCGGGGGAAUGUGGGAGGUGCUAAACGGUGGCAUUAACAUAUAAAGAGCCUUGCAAUUAAGGGCAGGCAGCUUGACUCUUUGCCAGGUUGUAACCUGUGUGGAGACUCCUGCUCAAUAAAACGUACGUUUAAAGCAACCCCGGUGCCUGGUCGAUUAUUGUCGAAACAACCGAUGUGAGAGAGAAACGUGAAUCAACAGUGGCACAAAUUAUGUU